AUGGAUGGGUGCAUUGAGCUGAGCUCGAUAUCUGGCGCUGAAGUCACCGUGCACGACGAGCUCCCGGCGAACGACGCUGACGCGGCCUUCAAGAAGGUAGCGGCCAAGUUGAAGCCAACCAUAACCAAGGGCAACGACGCGACUAACGCGGCGGGCGAUGCGGAUGGCAACUACGUGAAGGUCAAGCUGCCCGACACGAAGAAGAGGAAGGCCGGCGCCGACAGCGACGACGAGGACUAUGUUCCCUACGACGCUCUCUUCGGACCCAUCGUCAAGUCUAAAGGCAGCAGCGGCGACCGCGAGAAACGAGCGGACGCCGAGCAGUUCGCAAAGGCAGGCUUGUUGGAGUGCCAGGGCGUGGUCCAUAGGCUCGAAGACGAGCAGAUGGCCCACGGAGUCACGACGACCAACAUGACUUCACUCAAGAAGAGGAUGAACAUCGCUCUAGGACCUGAUAAGAUUAAGAUCCUCACGUCGGGCUCGGAGGAGUUGAUCACUGGGGCCAGCGGCGCCUUGGACAGCGUCGACCAGCUCCUCGGCGAGAUGAACGAUAUCAAUUCCAAGAUCGAUGCUGCUACGCCACUGGUCACCAAGCUUCAGAGCAAGCAGGCCAUUGCCGACAAGGACUUCGAACGCGCCGCGGCGGUGGUGCAAUGGAGCGGCGGCGGUGGGAGCGGACGCGGAGUCACGUUGCAGGCUCAGAUUCACGAUCAGUCGAAGGCUGCCCCCAUCCAGGAGAAGUUAAUCAUGCGGCAGCUCCUGGACACAGUCAGGACGACUGAUGUUAACAAGCCCAAGUCACUCGACAUGAUGAUGAAAACGCUCCAGGCGCUCACUGCGCCCGUGGCGAUCAUCGAGAACGUCGAGGAGACCGUGACAUUCAAGCCCCAGUUGGACCAGAUGGCAAAGGUAAUGGGAUGCAUGCCUCAUAUCACGGACUCGCUCCCAGCCGAGGAGAAGGCGCGGGCUUUGACAGAGGGAGCGGCUGCGAAGACCAAGAUCAACGAGGAUCGCAACCACAGGUUCCAUAAGAUCUGCUUCUUUCUGCCCGCCGGGCGGCACAUCGCGGCCAAGAUUGACGAGCUUGUGUUGCAGUCCAAGCAAGACCUCAAGUGCCCGCAGAACCUUGACAAGCCGGCGUCGUCGAUCUCCACUGUGCCAGUAUUCGCGCCGAAGACUGACGCUGAUCUCCGCGGCCCUAUCGUAAUCGACAACCGCAAAAAUCUCAAGACUUUCUGCAUCAAUGCGCUGGAGCUCGAUGGGAAGCUUUCCGAAGGCUACAAGCAGCUCAAUGCGAGCAAGAUGAAGCAGGUCUUCGACCAUAGAGACGCCAUCGUCAACUCCAUCGUUGCGCACUGCAGGCAUCGCCAGAAGGUCGCCCUAGAGGACGCGGUUACACGCGUGAACCAAGUCUUGAAACUCACGGACGGGCUCAGCGGCAACGUCGACGGCGAGUUUUUGACCAAGAUCUCCGAGAGCUUCGACAAGGCGCUCACGGAGUUCGGGUCGAUGAAGCAGCUCGGCAUCAACGACAUUGCCGGCGUGGAUAAGGCCAAGGAGGUCGACGAGCUUUUUCAGUCGGGGAAGGUGGCCGCGCAGCAUCUGAAGGAGCUGAUCCCCGCCAUCGCCGAGGUCUCCAAGAAGAAGAAGACGGGCCUUGAUGUCAGGACGGCCCAGGUCAAGGGUCUGGCGGACUACUUUGCGCAGCUCGGGCCCAGAGCCGCGCGCGUCGCAAGUUGGGCUGGGGAAGAGGUUGCCAAGUUCGAGGGUUGGAUGAGGACUGAGGUCACGAAAGCUCUCUCCACGAAGGUCGUGCAGACGACCGCGCCCUUCCAGAGGUGGGAGUUAGGAUUUAGGGGCAUUGAAACAAUCUGCCCCUCUAGUUUCGCUAAGCUGGUGGCCGAGUGGCUCGACAAGGCGCCCGAGCAGACUGAGGGUCAGCCAGAGGCAGUUCUUGAUCCAGAACUGGCCCUACAUGAGGGAACGACUACUUUCUUGAAGGUGAUCUUUCUGAAGGAGAAGGUUGGCGAGGUUACCGAGUUGGCGAGCCUCGCCCGCUUGGGCGUUUACUUCGACAAGUUCGCCAAAUGGCUCGGCGUGGGUUUCGUAUGCAACACCUCGCCCACUGCGCUCCGUGCAGGCCUGCUCAUCUUGACCCAGCCGAUCUUGCACGUGGGGCAACGCGUGGUGAAGAGCGAUGAUGUGGCUAAAACCUUUAACAACGCAGAGUUGAGUUCAAAGGGUGAUGUGCAUAUCAAAACGAUGCAGGACAUCCACUCCAGCGUUCAGUUCGUUGCCCUCGCGGAGAAGAUGGUCAACUCGAUGAAGUCUGCUGAGGGCCUGGGGCCCAGGGCUCUUGAGCGGGCGGUGUCCAUCCUCAAGGCAAGCCGCGAUCGUUUCGACGCCGCAGCCACGGCGGUCCUCGACUCGGGCGUUGCGGCCGGCGCCAGCCUGAUUACGGAUUUCCAGAAGCUGAUGGCGGGUGAAAAACUGACUAAACUGACUUCCCUCUGCAACGAGGGCGACUACACGACCGACCGCAUCAACAAUAUCAUGGAUUUGGUCAAGAGCGAGGAAGCUGUGGAGUACUACAGAACGUUCAAGAAGUCCCAGAAGGCCAAGACUUGCCUGGAAAACAUUCGCAAGACUGCCAUCACCAUCAAGGACACGAUGAACAUCGAGAUUGCCGUUGCCAAGCUGGACGCUUGCAUCGGGACUUACACGGGCGAUGAGUACGCGAGCUAUCAUAACGUGAUGGGCAUUCUGCUUUGCUCGCAGACGAUCUGGAGGGACCUUCAGCCCGGCGAGUCCCGCGACGCCAUGGCCGAGCAGUGCCUUAAGACCGUCGAGGAUCUCACGAUCCCGGCCCCGCUGGGGAUCGCGCUGAAGCAGCUCAGCACCAAGGAGAAG